AUGGGCAAUACAACAGGGCUCAGAGCAGCUCAAGAGCUUGACGAAGACAACAAGCUAUCGGCGGCGGUACAAGCCACCUUCAAGGCGCAUCUGAAGCAUUUCGAAUAUACGGCAGAUACCACUGGCAAGACGAGUCCGAGUCCUCAGCGACGUUCUCCGCGUCUUGCUGGUUGGCGCUCGUCGACCCCUUCCAGUCCGGUCAGCAACGUCUCCUCGUCCAGAAAGCGCAGCCGUGUGUCACCGUCCACUACUCCGAAGGCCAUCAAAACAGAAGACGAGCAAAAGGAUGGACUGUCUGUCACUGAAGGCACCGGCUCCACCGGCUCAGAGGAGACCGAGUCCGUGUCCACACCCAGACUAAAAAAGAGAAGGAGUACCACCAAAGAACGCUCUGCUCGAGACCCGUACAGUCCCGCCAACAAACUGGUGGAUAGUCUUCGACCGGGCUUGAUCCUGGUCUUCGUCGGCCUCAACCCAGGCUUGAUGACAGCCGCAACCGGACAUGCCUAUGCACAUCCCUCAAAUCGAUUUUGGCAACUAGUCCACGACAGCGGGAUCACACCCAAGAAGCACCUUCCCUCGGAAACCCGAGAUCUCAUGGAUCUGUACCAGAUUGGAAACACCAACAUAUGUGAACGGCCCACUCGGAGUGGCGAUGGACUGAGCAAGCUAGAGUUGGAGGAAGGCGCUAUGAUUCUCGACCGCAAGAUUGCCAAGUAUCGGCCUGAAGCAGUCGCCAUUGUCGGCAAAGGGAUCUGGGAAGCUAUCUGGAUGGCUAAGAAGGGGGAGAAGAAAUUCAAGGAUAAUUUCCAUUGGGGCUGGCAAGAUGAGGAACUGCAGUUAGGUAGGACCAUCGACGACGAGGGCGCCGUAGUCUGGGAGGGAGCGAAGACAUUCGUUACGACCUCCACCAGCGGAUUGGCUGCUACGCUCACGCCGGCUGAAAAGCUGGCAAUAUGGAAGCCGUUGGGAGAAUGGGUGACUGAGAGACGGGAGAGAGUGAAGGAUGAAGAAUCUAGCAGUGAUCAAGUUGGGUAG